AUGCGUUUAAACAUUGAAAUGAGGGAAUGUGCCAGUCUUGUGGUGAUCAUAUGGAUUUUGAUGAAAGUACAUCCAACGUCCAGCUACAGUAGUGCAAAAUAUAUCUGGCCGCUUACUGACUCGACUUUCAAUUACGAGAUAACAUCCUCUACACCAGGAAACUACACUCAAUGUGGAUUUCACUUCGAUGGUAACCAUCCUUCGUUUUCCGGAAUCCCGUUAAAGUUAGACGCCUACAGUUUUCCCUUCAUAGAGAUAAACAUUGGCGAAUACCAUGAUUUCAAAGACUUUUCUUUUGCGAUGUCCGUUCAUAUUUCUGGUUCUACGGGUUGUAUAUUCCAUUUCAAAUCCAUGACUUCACCUGGUACCAUCACGGACGUCAGUGUGUGUAUUGACGGUACAACGUUGACAAUGGAAUUGUUACCAGACCCUGGAGCCCUCGCUCCUUCCCACUCCGUACCAUCGCUCCAAGGGCAGUGGGUCAUGAUACAGGCAGGGCGAAGUCAGUCAUCCUCUGAGAUGAAAUUCAUUGUAAGCACCGCCGCCGGUCUAAUUAAUCUCACAAAGACAUCCGAUUCAUAUGGUUCUAAUGUCAAAUUGGGCUUGCCCGGAAUUCUUCGGAUCGGAGCGAAGCAUGACAACAGCAUGGCGCUAUCUAUGAUGGUCACUUGCAUUACCAUGUACUCUGUAACUACAAAUACUGGAAGUGACGUCGGUUCGAUCGAAAAUCAAUGCAAAUCGCCACCAUCGGUAUCAGGUCUACCUACCACUUCCUCAACUGGAUGUCCAUUUCUCACCACUCAGUUUCAAACUACUCCGCAAGCAACCAGUCCCAUUUCAACAGAGAUGACAUCACAGUCGACACAAACAACCAAUCCCAUUUCAACAGAGAUGACAUCACAGUCGACACAAACAACCAAUCCCAUUUCAACAGAGAUGACAUCACAUCAAAUCUCGACAGAAAUAACAACACCAAUGUCACAAACAACCAAUCAGAUAUCGACAGAGAUGACAUCACAGACAUCGCAAACAGCCAAUCAGAUAUCCACAGAGAUGACAGCAAGUGUAACGAGUACAUCAUUUACAACACAGACGGUUUUGACAACGGAAACACAAUCCACCCAGUUUACGACCAUGGCAGUGACGGCGGAGACUAAUACUUUAACCGCACAAUGCAAUCGAGCAGAGUUGGGGUCUUCUCCACAAAAGAGAAGUGGAUCUUUCAUUCGUGUGAAAGAAAACGAAAUGUUCAAUGAUCCAGACAAUCUUAUUGGAAGUGUGAGCGUAGGUAACAAGGAAGAGUGUGCUGUGGCUUGUUUUGAAGUUGACGAUUGCUUGUCGUUUUUGUACAGGUAUAAUACUGGCGGACCAUCUCCUUGUUCUUUAUUCAAAACUCUUACUCCGUCCAACGGAACUCAUAUGUUGAAUAGUCAUCUUUAUGUUGUGAAGUGUCAGUGA